UACGAGGGUGGGGACUUGAGAGCAGCCUUCGGCGGCGGCGCCGCCAGAGCCUCAGCGCACUAAAAUGGCGGCGGUUACAGGAUUAACGGCUUCGGGGCGCUGGCCACUUUGGUUCCUGGCGGUGCUGCAGGCGAUAUCUGUGUAUGGGGCGCAGUUAUCAUCAGAAGCAUGCAGAGAACUAGGCUUUUCCAGUAACUUGCUAUGUAGUUCUUGCAACCUUCUUGGACAAUUUAGUUUGAAUCAACUAGAUCCAUUCUGCAGAGAGUGUUGCCAAGAAGAAGCUCAGUUUGAAACUAGAAAGCUCUAUGCAGGUGCUAUCCUUGAAGUGUGUGGAUGAAAAUUGGGAAGGUUCCCUCAAGUUCAGGCUUUUGUCAGGAGUGACAAACCUAAACUAUUCAGGGGACUGCAAAUCAAGUAUGUGCGUGGUUCUGAUCCUAUACUAAAGCUGCUGGAUGACAGUGGGAACAUUGCUGAAGAACUGAGCAUCCUCAAAUGGAAUACAGAUAGCGUAGAAGAAUUCCUAAGUGAAAAACUAGAACGUAUAUAAAUCUUGCUGCUUUCUGUCCUUUCCUCACAUUUGAUCCUGGUUAGCACAGUUUCUCAGAAGCUACACCCAGCAAAUCAUUCCAGCUUCUACAUUAUUUUUU